AAACCUAGCCUGUCCCCUGCCUGAGCUGCAGGCCUAGCUGGUCUGGCUGCCUAAUGAUGGCAGCUGCUGGGGGCAACUUCUCCGAUGAGGAGUUCUGGAAGGCUUGCGCCGAGCUCCAGCAGCCAGCAGUGGCUCGGAAAUGGGAGCUGCUGCUGGAGACCUCGGGGAUCAGCGUCUACCGGCUGCUGGAAGAGAGUACUUGGCUUUAUAAGUAUAAAAUCUUUGGUGUUCUGAAGGAUUGCUCCCCAGCUCUACUCAAAGAAGUCUAUAUGGACUUAGGCUACAGAAAACAGUGGGACCAGUAUGUUAACGAACUCUAUGAAAAGGAAUGCGAUGGAGAGACCUUGGUGUACUGGCAAGUGGCGUACCCCUUCCCCAUGUACAACAGAGACUAUGUCUACAUCCGGGAGCUCAGGGAGCUGGAUAUGGAAGGGCGGAAGAUCUACGUGAUCCUGGCCAAGAGCACCUCCAGCAGUCAGUUUCCGGAAAGGUCUGGUGUGAUCCGGGUGAACCAGUACCAGCAGAGCCUAGCAAUUGAGAGCGACGGCAAAGGGGGCAGCAGAGGAGAUCUGAACACUAAAAUAAACCAGAAGGUUCAGAAAUUCUCCAUAGGCUGAUCCUGGGAAUGCAUAUGGUGGGCCCGAGACUGAGCAAGAGGACUGACAGAAAGGUUUUGGAGAAUGUGGCUCCUGCUCAGCACAAGCCCAGCAACUCAGGACCUGCCCACCACCACCACCCCCAGGGAAGAGCCGACAGAGAUAGUCACAUGGCACCUGCCGUACUGAAUGAACAUGGCCUGUGUCUCCGGCAAAAUCUGAGCAGUACUUCUAAUGCUUGUUAGAUUUGUCACCUAACUUUCCUGAAUCUUCAUUUCAUCAUUUCUGAAGUGGGGUUAAUUUUGUCAGUUUCUUAGGGCUGUUAGGGUAAUUAAACAAGAGACUAUAUUCCAAUGUCUAUCACUUGCUGGGUGUUUAAUAAAUAGAAGCAAAACACGCCUGUGGCUAUGUUUUCAAAACUGCUUCUGGCCUGGAGCCUGUAAUCCCAGCGGCUCUGGAGGCUGAGGCAGGGGAAAUCACAAGUUCAAAGCCAGCCUCAGCAAAAGCGAGACACCAUUACAGAGGGAGCCUCGGCGUUCAUUGCAGAGGCAUCUACAGCUGAAAUCACUGUAAACGCUUACUACUUCGUAGAAUGACUUUUGGAAGGUAUUUCUUCCUCCUGAGUUUGUCCUGCUCACUCUACAACCCAUGCCCCAUUUUUCUUGGUGUUAAAGCCCAAAUAUAAAUCCUGGACACCUCUCUGUGUACCGAAAGUCCAGGGAAAAGCAUCUUGUCUAUUUGGAAAGUGAACAUCAUGUGGCCUCCGGGAGUUCUUUUUCUGUAAGAAUACUGACUUUCUGGAAUAAUUAGUAUAUUAUUGUACAUGAUUGCUUUGUGAAAUGUGCAAAUGAUAUCACCUAUGCAGCCUUGUUUGAUUUAUUUCCUCUGGUUUGUACUGUUAUUAAAAGCAUAUUGUAUUAUAGAGCUAUUCAGAUAUUUUAAAUAUAAAGAUGUAUUGUUUCCAUAAUAUAGAUGUAUGGACUAUAUUUAGGUAAUAGAUGCAUUACUUGGAAAGUUCUGCUUUGACAAACUGACAAAGUCUAGGUUAAUUAGCAAAUUGUAUCUCAGUUAGCAGUAAAUCAGUGGAACAUGCCAAGAAAAGGAUAAGGAUACUUAAAAUGGAAAUAGUUCUCCAAAGGUGUACAAUUUGGACUUGUUCAGCUGCUCAGUAUAUGUUACCAAUAUUCCCUCAGGCUCCCACCCCAAACUUGAAAUUCUUCUAGUUCUUAAGAGUUCCUAAUUUAUAACUGAUUUUAAAAUUAGAAGUUUCUCUAGUGGUUUCAGUUUGGGAGUAAUCAUUCAGUUAAAAGUACAGUGUGGUUUAUGCAAACAAAUAGCUUGGCAUUAAAAUUGGCCCCUUCUUAAGGUGGGGCCCAGCCUGGCACUGUGGCCAGGGUGGCCAUGUAAGUCCCGUCAGGAUAGUCACGCCCUCCCGCAUUUCCACAUGAGUUUAGUAACAGUGCAGAUUCCAUGUCCCUGUUCUGAUACCCUCUGAGAAGUGCCUGAUGAUGCUGAUGUACUUACAGACACAAGAACAAUCUUUGCUAUAAUUGUAUAAAGCCAUAAAUGUACAUAAAUUA